AUGGCUACCAAUAUAGUGAGUAGCGAUGAAGGGCUCAUGGGGCCCGUCGGUUGAUCUACACUUUUAGGGACGAGACGCUACCCUUUUCCCUGUGAUCCCAAUCUGAUGAAUCUGACACGUCAACCAUCUCAAUGGGUUUGCGACAGGCAUUCGACAUUGCUUUGCUGUUCUGGAGGAUAGUUAUCAAUGUCUUCUUCAGGAGCAUACAGCCGCGCGGGGCUUGGAAGAUUCCUAGGCCAAACGAAGGUCCAGUCAUCUUUGUGGCAGCUCCUCACCACAAUCAGGUACGUAAUCAAAGCGGCUCGACAGGGAAAAGAGACGCACCCCUCUCACACCUCUUCGUCUUGGCGCAGUUCCUGGAUCCGUUGCUCUUGGCUUCCGAGGUGCGAAGAGGCUCAGGCCGUCGUGUUGCGUUCUUGAUUGCCGAAAAGUCCAUCAAGAGACAAUUCAUUGGGGCUGCUGCUCGAGUGAUGCAAAGCAGUGAGCAUCAUGUCAUUCACGCAUGCCAGGUCAGCUGGGCGCUCGCUAACCCUCUUUUCCACUCUGCGUCCUGCGUCCUGCAGUCCCCGUGGCCCGCGCAGCAGACUCGGCGAAGGUUGGCAAAGGCACGAUCAGUGCGCAUUCCUCGGGUGACGCCACCCUCAUCCAAGGACAUGGCUCCGAAUUCACAAAGCAGCUCAAAGGCAAGAGCCAAAUCAUGCUGCCCAAAUCUACCAAUUAUGCGACUGCUGAGGUGGUUGAGGUCAUCUCUGACACAGAGCUUAGGAUUAAGAAGGAAUUCAAAGAGGCAAAGGCGCUCGAGUCGCUACGAGGGAAGUCGAUGGUCAAAAUCGGCAAGGGCGCAAAGGCGAGGGAAGAAGAGCAGCAAGGUUGCGAGUACAAGUGCUUGCCGUAUGUCGAUCAGACGCAAAUGUAUUCAAGCGUCUACGAGCGCCUGGCGGACGGAGGCUCGUUAGGCAUCUUCCCAGAAGGUAAGCGUAGCCUUCUUCAGCAGCCAGACUAUAUGCAUGCAGGGCUGACUGGUUUGGCCGCUCCUCCAAUCAGGCGGCUCACACGAUCGCACAGACCUGCUGCCUCUCAAGGCUGGUGUGGUCAUCAUGGCGCUCGGCGCCAUGGCUGCGAAUCCUGGUCUUAAAGUCCGCAUCGUCCCCGUCGGUCUCUCUUACUUCCACCCGCACAAGUUCCGCUCCAGAGCAGUGGUAGAAUUCGGUACGCCUCUCGACGUGCCAAGAGAGCUGGUCGGGCAGUUUGAGAAAGGCGGGGACGGCAAGCGCGAAGCCGUCGCUUCGAUGAUGGACAUUGUUUUCGAUGGAUUGAAGUCGGUAACGCUUCGAGCGCCAGACUACGAGACGCUCAUGUUCAUCCAGGCCGGCCGGCGCCUGUACACCCCACCGGGUGUGCAUCCCUCGCUGUCUCAAGUAGUAGAAAUCAACCGCAGGAUGAUUGUGGGGUACUUGAAGUUCAAGGACGAUCCUCGUAUUCAACAACUCAAAGCAAACGUCCUCAGAUAUAACAAAAUGCUCGCAUAUGCCGGCUUGAAAGAUCAUCAAGUGGAGCGAGCAACGCGGGCCGGAUGGAGAUCCUUGGGGCUAUUCUUCUACAGACUUGGGCUCCUAGGGCUCUGGGGCGGCCUGGCGCUUCCAGGAGUUGUCCUCAAUGCACCCAUCAUCAUUCUUGCCAAGAUCAUUUCAGCGCGCAAGGCAAAAGAGGCUUUAGCUGCCUCUCAGGUGAAAUUGAUGGGUCGCGACGUUCUUGCUACCUGGAAAGUCCUAGUCAGCAUGGGCAUUACGCCUGUCCUGUACUGCUUCUACGCCGGAGUCGCCACUUACGUCGCCUACCGAAACGGCGUCUCGCCAUCUCAUCUUCGACGCACGCCUCUGUACGUUCUUGGAGGCAUGCCAAUGCUGGCGUAUAGCACUCUAAAGUUCAGCGAAGUCGGCAUCGAUAUCUACAAAUCCUUGCCUCCUCUUUUUGUCUCGCUGCUUCCCGGCAAUCAGAAGGCCAUCCUGGAGCUUCAAGCCACGAGAUCGAAAAUCUCUGCAGAGUUGCACGAAGUCAUCGACAAGCUGGCACCGCAGGUGUGGGACGAUUUCACGGAGCGACGCAUCAUCUCCCCUCCUACUGCCAAUGCUCCGCCUAGCACCACGCCGGAUCGAGCAAACGCUUUGCUUUGGAAGCAAAAGACUACUGACAAGCGCUUGGAUGGUACGAGCGCCUUGGCACACCCUCUUUCGUGGGUGGACGAGCGUCUGUUCGGCUGGUCGGGCUCCUCUCGUCGGGCGAGCCGAACGACGCGUGCUCUUUCUGGCGCCGAGUUUUUCAAGGAGGGUGAUGAGGUGGUGGAAGAAGCGCUGAGCGAUGGCGAGGACGUGUACAGCAGUGCAACGGAAGAGGAGUCGGAAGAGGGCGAUUACGAGGCCAUCUUUAGCAUUUUGAGCGGCACGCGCAGUGACGAUCCAAAGAGUCCCAAGAGCCCGCGAGCCCGCACGCGCUCUCGAGCGAGCAGCGGUGCUGCGGAGACGUUUGCAGAGAAGAGGAACAGGUCGUCGAGCGACUUGCAGAGACUAUCGGGUGCGCCAGCCAUGACGCCGUCUGCGUCUCAAAGUCCUCAGAAGAGGUCGACGGCGCUACCGGAGCGAAGCAACGGAGCCCAGCAGAGAAGGACGCGCACGCACAGCUUGAUGGAAGAUGUCUCCGCGACGGAUUUGGCUGGACCGGUAGGACAGUCGCAAAGGCAUGCCGAUUUCAAGGAUGCUGCUGCGAAGCUCGAAGAGUCUGCGGAGCAGCGCCACGAAGCCAAUGGGGAUCCCAAGAGACCUCUAGUGAGGGACAUGGAAUCGGCUGCUCCUACACCUGGCACUGCCACUCCUCGAUGA